AUGGCGUCCUCGGCGAAAACCUUCCUCACUCUCACCCUCCUUGCCGCAGCCGAGCUCGUGGCCGGCCAUGGCGCCAUCAUCGGUGCCAAGGGCAACGCUGGAGGCAGCGGCAUGGCCCUGGGCGUCGAUACCAGCACGCCCCGGGACGGAACGCGCCGCAAUCCGUUCCAGCAGGACAGCACCCGCUUCCGUGGCGCCUCGGCCGACACGGUGGGCGAGACGCUGGCCGGCGGAGACAACAAUCUCGAGGCCGGUACCCAGGCCAUCAUGGCUGAGACGGGCGACUCGCUGCCCCAGGUCACGCCCGGCGGUGAGGUGACCAUGACGCUGCAUCAGGUGAACAGCGAUGGCGCUGGUCCCUACACGUGCAUGAUCAACGCCGACGGCACAGCCGCGACCUGGACUGACAUCCAGGUCACCCAAAACGUCCCAGGCCGCAACUCGCGCAACCGGGACGGGUCAGAGACCGACCACCCCCUGACGGCCGCCAUCCCGGCCGACCAGACCUGCACCGGCACCGUGGCCGGACAGGAGAACGUCUGCCUCGUCCGCUGCCAGAACGGGGCGCGUGCCGGGCCCUUCGGCGGCGUCGUCCCCGUGCAGAUGGCCGACCCGGCGGCCGCCGCCGCGAAUGGCAAUGGCAAUGGCACCACCAACGCAGGCGCGGGCGCGGCGGCUAAGGCCAGGCGCAGCCUCGCCAAGCGGCUGCGGGAGAACGGCAUGAAGCUGGAGAAGCUGAAGCGCCGCGCUGUGGCGCUGGCCCAGGAUGCCGGUGACCCGGAUGUCCUGGCUGAGCUGUUGGAGGAUUGUGAGUGA